GUUUUCACGUUCUCUUCUCCCUCCGGUAAAAAGAGGCCGGGCCUCACCGUAAGCUUCUGCUUGGCACCGCCUCGCCUCCUCCGCUCUCUCCACCAGCACGGGCGCGCCUACGUAUAUAUAAGGGGUUAGGGUUUGUUGAGUAAGAGUUGCCCGAUCUGAUUUACUCUAGUUCUUCGAUUGCCGGCGGCGGUGCAGCCGGGGAGCGCAUGGCCGCGGCCGCUGGAGGGAGCCCCACGGCCAGUGGCGUCGGGGAGCGGGACGGGUUCCUGCCGGUCGCCGACAUCAGCCGCAUCAUGAGGAGGGCCAUCCCGCCCAACGGGAAGAUCGACAUGGAGGCCAAGGAGGCCGUGCAGGAGCUCGUCUCCGAGUUCAUCGCCUUCCUCACCAGCGAGGCGAGCGACAGAUGCAAAAGGGAGAAGCGGGAGGCCUUGACCGGCGACGACCUGCUGUGGGCGAUGGCCACGUUGGGGUUUCAGGACUACAUCCAACCCCUCAGGCUCUACCUCCACAAGUACAGAGAGAUGUCAGUAUUAGACACGGGAAUGGAAUUGGAACAGCAUGAGCAACUGGAGGUGCUGCCACCACCGCACUGCCCUGCCGAUGGAAUCGCCGAGAUGAGACAUGAUAAGGUGAGAGAUGGGCUUCCGAACGGAUAUCCCAAACCCGACAUCACUGUCCAUAAGAACAGCCCUGAACCGACGACAGUGCCGCUACCCUGCAAGGUGCUACCUUGCACAAUGGAAGUAGAGCCAAAAACCUUGCCCGUAUUUGAUGUUAGAGAUUGGUCUGAGCUCCCACUCGAUGCUCUUUCUGCAAUCUUCAUGAAGCUUGGGACAAUUGAGAUCCUGAUGGGUGCGGGACUUGUGUGCCGUUCAUGGUUGCUGACGGCAAAGUCCCCUGAGUUGUGGCGUUUUGUGGACAUGACACGCCACAAGGUGGUUUUCUCAAAGGCAGAAAGCGUCAUGUGCAAAAUGGCAAAGGUGGCUAUAGAUCGCUCUGAUGGACGAAUGGAGUCAUUCUGGGCUCAGAAGUUUGUCAGUGGCGAACUCCUCGGUUACAUUGCAAGCAGAGGCAAAUCAUUGAAGAGCAUUCGGCUCAUCGCCCCUGGAUACUUUUGGGAUGAUGAGGAUGCAGUAGUUAGGCUUGCAGCUAAAUGUCCAAUGCUGGAAGAGAUAGAGUACUCGCAUCAGCAGCAGCCAGGGUAUUUCUUCAAGCAGAUCGGAACAGUGCGCCCAGAGCUGAAACGUCUAAGGAUCCAUAUGGAUUGGUACGACUCUGAUGCGAUUAAGCAUGAGAUGAUGAUGGAACAGCGCCAGGACGAUGACGAGGAAGAGGAGGAGGAGGAAGAGCCGUACGAGGCCUGGGAAGCGAGACACAACGAGGAGGCUUUCGCCAUAGCAGAGAACUUGCAUGAGUUGCGGCUCCUUCAGAUGGCCGGCAACAGCCUGACCAAAAAAGGGGUCUACGCCAUUCUUGAAGGCUGCCCACACCUCGAGUGCCUCGACCUUACAGAUUGUGGUCAUCUGAAAGUUGACGAUGAACUCAUAGCUCGAUGCGCCAAGAUCAAUCAUGUCUGGCUGCCAGGACACUGGCCUCAUGUUCGCUGCCCAGAUCUCCAUACUAUUGGAGAGAAGGAAGGCGAAGUGAUCGAGCUGCCUGAUGUCUAUGAAAUAGAGGCUCGUAUGCUGCGUGACACGGGAUCAAUGGAGGAGGGAGCAAUGGAGGAUGAUGGCUACGGCGACAACUACUGGGAAGACUAUACACCCCCCUCGUCCCCUGACUCUCCAGACCUGCACAACGUAACCUGCGAUGACACCAGAUACUACACUUACAUCCAUGACUACUACUCUCUCUGAUCUUCCCAGUGCCCUGUUCGAAUUAUGACCGAUACAGCUGUGCCAUGUUCAGUAGUCUAAAGUCACUGUCUUGGUGUUUUGGAUCUUCAAUAGUUUGUGUAUAUCCUGCAGAAGGCCUUUUGAUGUGCAAACCAGCUGGUGUUGCUUGAACUUUCUCCCCGUAUUGUGCUUCGUGCUAGCUUGCUGUGUGAAAGACUAAAAGUUUAAUUGGUUUCUGCCUUCAC